AAUCCUAAAUUAUAAAAUGCAUGCGUAUGAUUAUUGUUGGCAUUGCCACAGGGUGUUACAUGUACAAUUUACUCGCUUACACACUCACAUCCACACACAGAAGUAAACUCAUCAUCAGGGCAAGUUUUGAAGAGCAGUUUUAUCAUCAUGAAGGCAAGUUUUGAAGAGCAGUUUCAUCGAUUGGCUUCAGUGAAAUCACUAACUCGACGCUUUCGAGCGUCUGUAAGGGCGCAGUAAAAGCGCUGAGAUCAUAUUGCGUCGCGGUAGUUGGAGACGGCAGACAUGAAGGGUAUAUAAGAUCUGGCUUUCAUCAUUCUUUCGAUUUAUUUCGGACCUCGAGCAAAGAGUAGUGGAGUUACAGUACUUCGUCCUUCGAUAUAACCAGGCAAAUGCAAUGAUGUUGUUUUAUUGAAUUGACUUGUUCUAGAUAGGGAAACUAUCCAGCAGUUUAGGGAGUUCGGGAGAGUCAUAUCGUAUCAUCUUCAGUUCUCUCAGCAAUCAGACGUCUACUCCUGUGUUUGCGAUGGCUUUACAAGAUGUGUGCGGUUUCCACGACACCCCUGCUUACCCCAGAUGGAACACUCCAGCCUUGCUGUCCUUGCCAGUGGGAGAUACCAUUUUGCACAUUCAGAGGGGAAUCGGAAGCAGCAUGUAUGAUUUUGGAAAAACCAGUGGGAAUGCACUGGAGCUCUAUGUACCGGUAUUGGACUACCUCAGCCAAAGCCCUAUUAAUUUUGGCCAGAUUGCCUCCAACACACUACCAAGCCACCCUCCGCUUUUCCAGUCUCCUACUCCAUUGUCACCCUCCUGUCUUCCUGUGUCCAUUCCUCUGCUCUCCUCACCUGUCCCUCCCAGUCCUUUUGUCCCUUUACCCUUCCCGCUGUCCCACGGCACCACCACACUGGCCUUUGCCUUCCAGGGUGGGGCCAUCGCCGCGGCCGACACCCGAUCCAGCUGCGGUGGCCUCGUCGCCUGCCCCGCCUCGCACAAAGUCCUGCCUGUGCACUCGCACAUGGUGGGCACCACUUCAGGCACAUCUGCCGACUGUGCACUCUGGAAGCGCAUCCUGGCCCGCGAGUGCCGCCUCUACCAGCUGCGCCACCGCCGGCGCCUGACAGUAGGGGGCAGCGCUAAGCUGCUCUCGCACAUGCUGCACCCCUUCAAGGGCACCGAGCUUUGUGUGGCAGCCACCUUGUGCGGCUGGGAUGGCGAGGUUGAAGGGGGUACAGAGGACAAGUUGGCAGCAGAGGGAACCCAGGAUGGAGGAUCUGCCAAUGAGAGCGGCACCUCACCAGCUGCUGCAGCCAGAGUCCCAGCUUGGGCCCCGGGCCCCCGGCUCUGCUACGUGUGCAGCGACGGCACUCUGCUGAAGGGUGGGCUCUUCUCUGUGGGCUCCGGCUCCCCCUACGCUUACUCCGUGCUGGACGCGGGGCAUCGCUGGGAGCUGAGCGUACCGGAGGCGUGCUCCCUGGCCCGGGAGGCCGUGUUCAGGGCCACGCACCGGGACGCAUACUCCGGGAACUGCGUGGACCUCUUCCACAUCACUGCACGUGGCUGGAGACGGCGGGCGAGAGAGGACCUGAAGGAGGAGUACUAUAGAGAGAAGGAGAGAGAGAGGGAGAGGGUGGAGGAGAGAAGGAGGGAGAGGGGGAGAGUGGAGGAGAGAAAAUAG